CCGAACGACAUGCGCAGUGUUUGCGAAUCCGGCGGCAAUGUGAUCGGCGUUGUGGAGUGUUAUGUUGUUUAAUACGAUUUGAUUGUUACAAACUGCAAAUUAAUUCGCAUAAACAUGGGUAUCACCGGGUUGCUACCGUUCCUCGAGAAAUCUUCUAGAAGGACUAAUAUCAAAGAAUUUUCCGGCGGCACCGUGGCAAUCGAUUCCUAUUGUUGGUUACACAAAGGUGCGUUUUCCUGCGCUGAGAAAUUAAUGAUGGGAGAGGCAACGGACGCGUACGUUGUAUAUUGUAUGAAAUACAUAAAUAUGCUUUUGAAACACAAGAUAAAGCCCAUCCUGGUGUUUGACGGUCAACGUUUGCCCGCCAAGGAGCAGACAGAGAUUAAGAGACGCAAAGCCAGAGAAAUGAAUCGUCGUAAGGCAGUUGAAUUGAUACAAAUGGGCCAAGUUGCAGAGGGAACAAAUUUGUUGAGACGAGCUGUGGACAUCACUCAUCAGAUAGCGUUAGAAUUAAUUAAACAUUGCCAGAAUGAAAAUAUCGAUUGCAUUAUAGCGCCUUAUGAAGCUGACGCCCAAUUGGCAUAUUUAAAUAUCAGUGGUAUAGCCGAUGUCGUCAUCACAGAAGAUAGCGACUUGACGUUAUUUGGGUGUAAAAAAAUAUUCUUCAAGAUGGACUUAACUGGAAAUGGAGUUUUGAUCGAGCAAGAUCGGCUAUAUUUGGCAAUGGGUGUAAGACCAGAAGAAUUUGACAUGGACAAGUUCCGCCAUAUCUGUAUUUUAUCUGGCUGCGACUAUCUUCCUUCUCUUCCCGGUAUCGGCUUGGGAAAAGCACGAAAAUUCAUUACAAGAAAUACAGAUCACAAUAUACACAGAGCAUUGACACGUAUAGGCUCGGUUCUCAACAUGAAAUCACUAUCGGCCGUGACACAGGAAUACAGAGACGCAUUUAUAUUAGCCGAUAUCACGUUUAAGCAUCAAUUAGUAUUCUGCCCGUUGCAAAGGAGGCAAGUACGAUUGAAUCCUCCCCCAGCUGAUAUCACUGAGGACCAGCUGCGAUAUGCCGGGAAGGAAUUGGAUGAGGAUCUCGCGUUACAGCUGGCUCUUGGUAAUUGCGAUCCAGCUACUUUAAAAGCGGUUCAUGAUUUUAAUCCAGACAAAAUAGAUCGAAAAAGAAAGCGAGACGCAAAGACAGGACAAAUGAUGAUUGAAACUAGCAUUUGGUCAAGCAAAUAUAAAUCAAAAUAUCAAAACUCUUCUCCUAAAAAUAAAUUGAAUUCGUCAAUUGUUAUUGAAAAGCAGCUCGCUAGAGAAAAAAAAUCUUUAAAGGAAGUCUCAUUAAAUUCACAUAACGGCUCAAUUAUGCAAAACGACAGGCCACCCGAGUAUCAGGAUUUAAACGAUACUGCUAUUUUGGAUAUGUAUAAUUCAAGUCGAGAUGCUAAGCCAAUCGCCAAUGCUGCUGACGAAGAAUCGGAAGAUUAUUUAUCUUUAUCGAGAAUUAAUGUGUCACCGGAAUUAGUUAGACAAAGAAAUCCGUUUAUUAAACGAGUGUCCGAUCUUACAACUUCACCGAGCGUUUUGGCCAACGGGAACUGUCGAAAGAGAGGAAAAAAUUUAAUGCGCAUAAGGCGAACGAUCAUAGAUGAAAAUACUGAUGUAGUGGAAAGCAAAUAUUUUUCAAAACAAGAUACUGAAGAGCGCAACGUACUUGAGCCGGAGAAUAAAGAAAUCGAAGUCAAUUUGAAAAGUACAAAAUGUAAUACGAGUCCAGAUAUGAACACGAAUAUACAUGACAUAGGUCGGAAACAAUUAAAAAGAAAGUUACAAACAUUCUGUACGAAGUCUGUAACAGACGUUAUACAAAAUGCAAAUUCGGUGGAAAAUGAUGAUGCAUUUUUAUCAAAUGAAAACGAUUGUUUGACUGAUAGAGAUAUUCCUGAAAAAUCAAGCCCUAACGAUAGGAUAGAUGAUGUACUAUCAAUGGCACAUACAAAGACUGAUAAAAAUUAUAGAACAGACAUUUACAGAAAUGCUCCUGAAGGAUCAAAUCCUAACGAUACGAUAGACGAUGUAUUAUCAAUGGCACAUACAACGACUGAUAAAAAUUGUAUAACAGAUACUCGCAGAAAUGCUCCUGAAAGAUCAAACCUUAACGAUAGGAUAGACGAUGUAUCAUCAAUGGCACAAAUAACGACUGAUGAAAGUUGUAUAAUAGAUCAUUUUUUAGUAUCAAAGUUUAAUGUGGCUACUAAUGAUAUAACCAAUUAUGAAAAUGCGAAUUUGCAAAAUAAUUUGUUCAAAUGGUCAAAUACAGAAAAUGAUCGAACUUUCUCUUAUAAUAUAGAUAUGUUUAAGAAGCAAAAUUCAGCGAAUCUGGUAUCACCCAAAAGUAGAGUUAAUUCAGUAACAAAAAGGAAGCAAUUACGUCAAAGUAAAUCACCAUCAGUUCCCAGGCAACAAAGCUUAUUAAGUAUGUACGGAUUUCAAAAAAGGUCGUCUCUUAAACACUGAUUUUAAAAGAGUGUAUUAGACCGGAUAAUUUACUAUUGACCAAGAGUGUGCUAUCAGUAUUUUAGUUUGAUAAGUAUUGACAAAUGCUCAAAUUUGUUCUACAAAAGAGCUAAAAACUCGAAUGUAUUUAGAAAAAGAUCUGAUAACUAAUGCGUUUAUGUUGAUAACAGAUAAAUGAUUGAUUCAUUUGAAA